UUAAAUCUGACCUCUGACCUCUGCGGUGUUUAAAGUAAACCAUGGAGGAUCCUCUCACUCUAUAUUCAUCACUCAACACCACCAGCCUCCCCACUGCUCUCCACAGUGCUGUUACUGACCUCGUGACCAACGCUACGGUCAAACCCUUCAGUGUGUUUCAUGGGUGCGAGGAGAAUGUGUCAGGGAUCCUCUUCGACCUGUCUGUUCAGACCUUCAACGUGUUCCUGGGACUCCCCGCUAACAUCUUAGUCAUGGUGAUUCUGGUCCGUAACCGUAAGGAGCCGUCCUCCUCAGACAUCUUCCUGGGCUGUCUGGCCUUCAUGGACGCUUACUUUGGCUUCAUGGUCCCCUUCAGCUAUCUGAACAUCUACUACUGGCACAGCAAGGAUGUCUGGUCCGCUCUCAUGUUCUCCUUCGGCGUCAAGGACACCAGCGGUCCUCUGUUCCUGUCCUGUAUCUGUUUGGAUCGGUUCGUGGCUGUCCUCUUCCCUCUAUCCUACGGCCAGCUGAAGGACACCAAGUACAGGGUGUCUCUCUCGGCGGUGGUCCUGGGGCUCACCUUCACCUACGCCUCCGCCAAGACCAUCGGGGGCCUGCACAACUUCGAGAAGGUCUUCACAGGGACGAUCCUGGCAACGUUUGGCUGGAUGGUGUUGUGUAACGGGGCCAUCCUGGUGGCCCUGAAGAGGUCCAGUGGCUCUGGGAAGGACGACAUGCACCCCAUGAAGAAGAAAGCCUUCAAGAUGGUGAUGUCGGUCCUGUCCAUCAUCGUGUUCAACUACUUGCCUCCGGUGGCUCUGUUCCCUUUUGAGGACCACUACCCUCCGGAUACGUUCCGCUGCCUGGUGCAGCCGGUGGGGUACGCCUUCGUUAACAUCAGCAGUAGUAUCCAGCCCAUCAUCUACCUCUCUAGACUGGAGAAGAUCCCUUUCCUCCCCGAGGCCUGGAACAAGUGGGGCUCCUCCUCCUCCAAGGUGAAGGACAAGGAGGUGAAGGUGGAGACCAUCUCGCCUGCCUGAAUGGUGAACGGGCAUCAACGUUUCUUGUGAAAUUAAGUGAUAGGUUCUCAAAACACAGUUGUUAUAAAUGUACCAACUGGAUGAUGGAAUAAAAUGAAGGGCCAGGAAACAAUGGAUGACAGUAAUGUGCUUACAUUCCACAUAGCUAAUAUAUAUCCUGUAUAUGGUAUAGGUUAAGGAGAAACAACAAAAAUCUCAAACAAAUCUCUCUCUCACUUCCUGGAACGAUUACGUUAGGACUGAGACGACAUCGUGUGUACAGCAUGAGAACUACAUGUCACACCUGUAAAAUACUCAAGAUUUUUUGUGUGAAUCACUUGGAGAGAAAUAAAUACGUAAUAAAGCUCUUAUAAACA